AUGAAUGAAAUGAAUGAUGAGCUGCUGAACAGGAUCCUAUUCAGUACAGCAGAAAUAAAAGCCAUGGCUUAUGGAAAGAGAAAUGACAAAUAUUUCUUUAUGCAUUCGUUAGAACAAAGUAAAAUUGAUAUGAAAAAGUGUUUCAAGAAUCUUAUAACCUCCAAAAUUUUCGUUUUUUUCGUUGUUACCUUGCUACAUUUGUUCGUACAAAAUACGUCCAUUUCUGAUGAGAGAAACAUUUAUGGAAAACUGCAACUGAGUUAUGCAUAUUCAAGAAAAUUAGCCGAGAAAGAAAAAAAUUCUCGUGCUAGGAAGGCUCCCACUAACAAAGUGAAAAAGAAAAAGGUGUCUGCGUCUUCCUUGAAAAAGGAGGAACAUCUCCAGAAUACAGAAGAGACAACAGGGAGUGGUCAUGAGACAGGAGCCAGUGAUAAUGUGAAGGUCACCAGCAGUGGUGCGGCAAAAAUUGGUGAUGGUGUAAAGGUAGGCAACACCGACACAGUAAAAACUAGAGGAGAUGCAGCAAAAACUAGCGGUGAUGCAGCAAAAACUAGCGAUGAUGCAGCAAAAACUAGCGGUGAUGCAGCAAAAACUAGCGAUGAUGCAGCAACCACCAUCACUGAUACGGUAGCCCCCACUAGUGAUGCGACUACCUCGAGUAAUGAUGCGACUACCUCGAGUAGUGACGCGACUGCCUCGAGUAGUGACGCGACUGCCUCGAGUAGUGACGCGACUGCCUCGAGUAGUGACGCGACUGCCUCGAGUAGUGACGAGACUGCCUCGAGUAGUGACGCGACAACAAUCAAUGGCGACUCGACAGGAACCAGCAGCGCUGCAACAACCAGUGGAGACUCCACAGCAAGCAGCGGCGGUUCGACUACGUCCAGGGAAGAAGCGACAACAUCCGGUGGUAAAGCGAAAGUAAUGCGCAGCUGCUUGAAAACGGCGACAAGUGCAAAAAGAGAAAAGCGAAAUGUAAGAUUUGCUGAUCCUAUAUCAAGUGAAAAACUAUUUUAUAAAGAUGAACGAAUAAGGUACACUGAGGAAAAAGAAAAAGAAGAUAUGGGAAACGAGGAAAGCGACAUUGUAAGCAAAAAAAAAAAAGACGAACCUUGUUUUUUAACUUUUUGA